GUUUACCGCGAAACAAUUUGAUUCGUUAAUAUUUUAUAUUAACUUCCCUUGUAUUUUACCAGAUAGCGCUCUCGUUGAAACAUUUUUUUUCUGCUUUAUUAGUAUACUUGCACGUAUAUUUAAAGGUAGUGAAGUUUCAUAGAAGAUAAAAGAGUUAAAUUGUUUAUUCCUAAAAAAUGUCAUUAGAAUUUGGAAGAAAUCAAUUAUAUCCGAUGCACGUUAAUGCACGCGUCUCUCCUCAUGUGUUUACAGCGAUACAAAAUGUCAAUAUCAAAGAAUUAUCAAAAUGUUCGCAUAAGGAAAUUCGUCCGAUUUUACCAUGUUUGGUUAGAAUGAGUCUUAUUACUCCUUUAGAUAUAACAAAAGAAUGCGUCGAAGCUAGAAAAGAAGUUUUAUCAAUAUUAUCUGGUAUUGAAUCGGUUAAUUCUAUUAUUGCGUUACUUUCAAUCGAUUUUCAUGCAUUAGAAACUGACGUACGCAAAGAACAACAAUUAAGACAAAAAUUGGGAAGCAUGCAAGCGGACAGUGUAUUGGCGCAAUCAUUGCAGAGCGGCCUUGCAUUGGAAUUUGAGAGGAGUGAGUCUACGCGCAGAAUACGUUUGGUAUUAAGCGAAAUUUUAUUCAUAAUGUCGCAAAUACAAGAAUUUAGGAAGAAUCAAGACUUUCAGAUAAAGCAAUCUGACUUAUUCGACAAUGCUGUAUAUAUGGAAGAAAUUAGUUAUGUCAUAUGUAUCGCACUAGCCGAAUUGCCAACACUUUUGUCGAUAUUGGAUAUAACAGAGACCCUUUUACAUGUGAAGCAUGGUCCACAUAUUAUUUGUUGGAUCGUAGCUAAUAAUCCUGAUAGUUUUUCCGAAGUCUGUGGACAUUUGAUAGCUAAUGGAGAACGCCAAGAGGAAUCAGCAUUGGGAAGAAUUAGAACGUCGACGCUUACAAUGUUAUGCGAAAUGAAUCCAAGUCAAGCAUUUGCUAUAAGAGCAAAGUGUGUAGAAUUUUGUAGAAUGCCAGCACUAGCAAUUACUUUAAGUUUAGAACAUGAGCAUGCUAAUGUUUUACAACCAGAAAGCGAUAUUGUUGCAUUUAUAUCAGGCUUAUUACUUGGCAGUGACCAGCAAGUUAGAACAUGGAUAGCAAUGUUUAUAAGAAAUGGACAAAAAAGAAAAUGGGAGUCUCAUACGGCAUUGCAACUAUUGAGAGAAGAACUACUCAGAAGAUUACAAGCUAUAGCUUUACAUAGUACAGAUAGCCAAUUGGAUGAGUCGCAAGUUGUUCAAGCAAGCGCAUUAUUAAGACUUUAUUGUGCUUUGAGAGGUAUAGGAGGUAUUAAAUUUCAAGAUGACGAAGUUUCAAUGAUAGUUCAACUUUUAACGUCCCAUCCUCCACCAUCACCAGCUGGAGUAAGAUUCGUAUCUCUAGGACUUUGUAUGCUUAUAGCUUGUCCUUCUUUAAUUGGGCAUCAUAGUCUUGAAAAGCGUAGUAUCGAAUGGGUACAGUGGCUAGUUCGAGAAGAAGCUUAUUUUGAAAGUGCUAGUGGUGUGACUGCUAGUUUUGGAGAGAUGCUUCUUUUAAUGGCAAUUCAUUUCCACAGCAAUCAAUUGUCGGCUAUUUGUGAAUUGGUUUGUGCGACAUUGGGCAUGAAAAUACCUAUUAGACCGAACAAUCUAACAAGAAUGAAACAAAUUUUUACCCAAGAAAUUUUUACAGAACAAGUAGUAACUUCUCAUGCCGUCAAAGUACCAGUAACCGCUAAUUUAAAUGCAACUAUUCCUGGAUUUUUACCUGUACACUGUAUACAUCAAUUAUUAAAAUCAAGAGCAUUUGCAAAGCACAGAGUACCCAUCAAAAAUUGGAUUUAUCGACAGAUGUGCGACAGCGUACCACCUCUACAUCCGGUUUUACCAGCUUUAGUCGAAGUCUAUGUUAAUUCUAUUUUAGUAACAAAUAACAAAACGUCUGAGCAUACAAAUAAGCCAAUUACUGAAGACGAAAUAAGAAAAAUAUUUCAAAAUAGCGUAUUCGGUGCUAAUUUCGAUUUUAAAAAGAAUCUAAUGGAUAUUGUCGAAGGAGAAAUGAAUAAUAUGGACAUUGACACGUUAAAACCUUCGCUAACAUCUCAAUUGUUAUUGUUAUAUUAUUUGUUACUUUAUGAAGAUGUUAGAUUAUCCAAUAUGCAUAUAUUUAUAUCACAAGGUAGAAAAGUGAAGUCAUACUCUACCGAAUUUUUAUCUGAACUACCGAUAAAGUAUCUACUUCAGCAGGUACAAAGAGAUCAAGUGAAUUAUGCUGGUUUAUUCUCACCUCUUCUUAGACUACUAGCAACUCACUUUCCACACCUGUCUUUGGUAGAUGAUUGGCUUGAUGAUGAGAUGAUUAACAUAGAUUCUCCUACUGUAAAUUAUGAAAGUACAAAAAUUACUGAUAUUUCUAUUGUUGAAGCAUUCAGUCAUAUUAAUAAAUGUCCAUCAAGAACAGGAAGAUUGUUGCGACAAUUAAUGGCUAUGAAGCCAACAGAUAUUUGGCCGCAUACGGAAAUAAUAAUACAUUAUUUUAAAGCUAUACUCGACGACAGGGUUCCAAGAUAUAUACAAGAACUUUAUAAACAAGUAUGGCUAAGAUUGAAUACCGUUUUACCAAGAUGUUUAUGGGUUUUAUCUAUAAAUACACUAUUAGUUGAAAACAUGGUAGUUAAGAAUAUAUUUCUUACGCAAGAAAAUAUUGUAUUAGAUCCAUUACAAGUAUUACGUUGUGAUACAAGAGUUUUUAGAUGCGCACCUGUCUUAUCAGUAAUUUUAAGGAUUUUACAAGCAGUAUUGGCUGCAUCGAGAUCUCAACUAUCCAGACAUACGCAAGAUAGACCUUUAACAGAGAAAGUUGGUCAAUUGUCAAGUGAAACAGAAAGAGAAGAUUUGAAGACAGCUUUAAUAGCAGGUCAAGAAAGCGCUGCUGUACAAAUUUUAUUAGAAGCAUGUUUGGAAACUAAACAAGAUAGACAAAUUCCUGGACAGAUGUGGUCUUUGAGAGAAAUACGAAGUGUUAUUUGUUCGUACCUACAUCAAAUAUUUAUAGCCGAUCCUUCUUUGGCCAAAUUAGUCCAUUUUCAGGGAUAUCCAAGAGAGUUAUUACCAAUUACUGUUUCUGGAAUCCCAUCAAUGCAUAUUUGUCUCGAUUGGAUUCCUGAAUUAUUGUCUCAACCAGAACCAGAGAAACAAGUAUUCGCUGUUGAUUUGGCAUCACAUUUAGCUAUUCAAUAUGCACUUCCAAAAGCGUUAAGCGUUUCUAGAUUAGCAAUAAAUACUCUAAUAACUUUGUUAGGAGUAUUACCUGCUAAAGAUCGAGUAUCUCUGUUUAUGCCAGUAUUACCAUCAUUGACAAGAAUAUGUCUUGCAUUUCCACCACUCGCUGAGGAUACUACAAUAUUGCUCUUACAAUUAGGUAGAGUUAAUUCUGCUCAAGCCGCUCUAGGUGACAAAUCUGCGGAUGCAUUGUGUCAAAAAGUUAAUGCAACAUUUUCUACACUGUUAUCGAAAGCCAUAUUGCAAUCUCAGAUCUAUUGAUUUUCAUUAAAAG